AUGGUUCAAGUAUUGAUUGUCGGCUGUAUCGAGUUCGCAACGGAUAUCUUUGAGCAACUUCAAAAAAAGUACCCGAUUAAGUACUACACCUCUCGAUCUCGCCAAGAGUUUAUUCAGGACUGUGCAGACAAAUACAAAGACGUGUCAAUUAUCUAUCGUUCGCCCGAGUCAAUGUCUGUUGUGGGCCCAUUUGAUGCAGACCUUGUUUCACAGCUGCCCAAAGGAUUAAAGUAUAUCGUUUACUGUGGUGCUGGUUACGACACGAUUGAUGUGCACGCUUGUGACCAGCGUCAGAUCCGAGUAUCGCAUACACCUAUGGCCGUAGAUGAUGGAACGGCAGAUAUUGCUGUUUCCUUAAUCUUGGCGUGCUGUCGUAACUUGAUUGCUGCUAGUGAUAACUUGCGUGCUGGAAGGUUCAGAAGUGGAUUACUCAUGGGAACAGAUGUACAAGAUAAGGUGCUCGGUAUUAUCGGAGCAGGAGGUAUUGGUAGAACUCUGGCUAAACGCAUGUCUGGGUUUGACCUGAAGAAGAUACAAUACUAUAAUCGUCAUCAAUUACCCAAAGAAGAAAAAUAUAACUUAGUCUAUGUUGACUUUGAAACACUGCUAAAGACGUCUGAUAUUAUCUCUGUCAAUUGCCCACAUACAGCCGAGACAACACAUUUGCUCAAUUAUCGAGAGUUUGCCUUGAUGAAGCGAGGUGUGAUCAUUGUCAAUACAGCAAGAGGUAAAAUCAUUAAUGAAGCAGCUCUCGUCGGAGCACUUGAGCGUGGUCAGGUCCUUUCGGCUGGACUUGACGUCUUUGAGAACGAACCUGUCGUUCAUCCUGGCCUAUUGUCUCACCCCCGCUGUGUCUUGCUGCCCCAUAUUGGCACCUAUACCAACGAAAGCCAGUACAAGAUGGAAAAAUUGGUUCUUGAUAACUUGGUCAAGGCUAUCGAAGAGGACACACUAUUAACCCCUGUUCCUGAGCAUAAAAAAUACUUUGGACAAUAA